AUGGGAGGAAAGGAGCUCUUCUCCCCCGUGUUCGUUCUCGCUGCUUCCUUGCCGUCCGCCACGGCUCCGAAGCGCGAACUUCCGAAGUCUUCUUUCUCGCUUUCUCCCUCCCCUGCCUUCUCUUCUUUCUCUGCCUCCCCCUCUUCUCCCGCUUCUCCGUUCUCUGUUUCACCCUCUGGGGCGUCGUCGUCGACGGUGGCGAAGGGUCGGGUUGCUUACGAGGCUCUUCAGAGGGACGCAGAAGAAACUUUGGGCCAGAGCAAGAGCGGUGCGCUCAAGAGCUGCUGGGCUGCAGUGUUGAAGGAAAUCAACCGCUUGCAAAGCCUGCCAAGCGAGCAGGCGUGCAGCAGCCUCGGAGAGGCUUCUCGCGAGUACAUUGCGCUCCUGCGUGCGCGGUGUAUAUACACCCGAACCGGGCGCCCCUUUCCCACUGCAGAGAACGGCUGCUACCUACUUCCAGAAGACGUGCCUCAAUCUUGGCUUGCGCUGCAUCCAGAGGGAAAAAGUGAAAGCGGCGAAGAAGGCGAAGAAGAACAAAGAGAUGAAACGAGAGGAAUAACAACUGGAGAAAAAGAAGGGGCGAACAAAGAGGAAAACGAAGCGAAAGAAAGGAAAGACAGAAUCGACUCUUCCUACACUUCGCGAGAGGAGAAAGCAGAAGGCGGCAGAGACGCUGGCAACGCAGAGAGAAAAAACAGAGGAAGAAAGGAAAGAAACGAAGCACUGGAGAAUCCAUGUGUGACCCUCGAGGCUUUCCUCUCUCUCCAAAGCUCUCCAGAUAUUGAUAUGGAGUUACACCGGAGCGAUGGAGCAAAACCAGGGGAGCUUGCCGCUUCGGCCAUUUUGCCGGUUUCUUUUUCCGACGAUGCAGACACCGGAGGGGAAACGCUUUCUCCGCUUCUUCCCCCCGCCUCCUCUUUCUCAUCGGCGACAAGGAGGGCCGAAACUGCCACCGAAGAAGUGACGCCUCCCCAGAACUACUCGCUGCCUCUGUAUCGCGCUCUGGCGAGGCGUAGAGCCGGCGAGAGGGACACGCAACGCGACCUGAUUUUCAGAAACUUGAUGCAUGCAUGUGAACGCCUCAGACAAAGAAUCGUCGAUGGGUGCCAACAUGCAAAAUCCAUGGAAUUUGGAACCUUUGCCCUCGUUCGUGAACAAAUCAACCACAUCGACAACAUUUGCUUCUUCCUCCAUAGCGCGGAGUGGCAGCGGCGCAGCGAGGCGACUGUCAAUCGCUUGGCGCUUGCGUCUGGAGCCGUGGCUUCUCGUCUCCAGGCGCAGGCCCAGAACCUCGCAGAGAUGCACGCGAUUCAAAAGCAGCAGUUGGAGGGCGGCUGGCAGGUGACGCAGCUCUUGGCGAAUCUCCACGAGGGCAUGAAAGAUGUCUUCGCGACGCUGCACCAGAUCCGCAGUUUCCAUCGCUACCUGGCUGAAGCAGUCGGCAGCGCCCAGACUUUCGCGUUCUACUUUUUCGCCCUACUGCUCGCCUGCUUCUUCACGGCGCAUGCGCGAGUCCAGGCAGCCCGUCUCCCCCUCCUGCUCCUUCUCCUCGUCCUCGCCGGAGCCGAACUCGCGACCCGGAAGUGGGGCUCGCGUUUCCUCCUCGCUUUCUCAGACCUCCUCGGGAGACGCGGCUCUUUCGGUUCUGCUGGAGAGGAAAGCUCACGGAAGAACCCCCCCUUUCCCGACCUUUUGGGCGAAGCCUGGGAAGCUGCCAUGGCUGAUGUCGACACGGUUGCCUGCGGUCUCCGGUGUAUGUACACCUCAGCUGCAGUGCUGGUGUGGCUGCACCGAGCGCUGAUCCACAAGACCCCGGAGGAGCUGCUUCGGGAGGAGAUGAAGAAACUGCAGAAAGAAAUGCAAGACGUGCGUGAGGCGCUGUGUCAGAGGUCGAUUGCAGCUGCCGCCGCGGCGGCAGAGAUCGCCCGCGGGGACGCAAAAAUGAGCCAGGAGGCUGGCUUCUGCGAGAAAAAAAAAUUCCGGGUCUUUGUCCCGGGGCGUGGCACGGGGCUGUAUGGACAGCGGGCGGUCGCCGCUUCCCCAUCCAUGCCACGGGAGCGCGUGGAAUCGUUGUCGGCCGGGCAAGGUCAAGAACUGUCGGAGACGCAGACUCGGGGCGGCGAGGAGCCUCCUCCUGUCAGGGCUGUCACGUCACCCUGGGGACAAAGAUGUCGCGACACCGGAGAAGAAAGAAAAGAAAUCUGUAGACAAAGCGCAGGGAAGCAAGAAGCCGGAGUCGGCGCCGGGGUGACAAAACUCGAAAACGAAGUCGCAGAGCUUCGGGGUCGGCUUGCAAGACAGAACGCGGUGCAUCGGCAGCUGAUGGUCUUUUGCGAGGAGAUGCUGGACAAGUUUCGACGCGGUGAACAAGCAACGGAGGCCGACCUCAACCAAGCAGCAUCUCUCCAGAUUCUCUGGAACCAGAUGUGUGGUGUCGCGUCCCUCUCCGGAAGUCCCUCACACUAUCCUUCGUGUCCUCUCUCUCAUCCGGCCUUUGCCUCUCCGCUCUCGUCAUCUCUGUGUGGCACGCCGUUUUUCACGCCGGCGCCUUCCCAGCUGUCCUCUGGUUUUUUCUCGCCUGCAUCAUCGCUCGGCCCGGAGGCUUCGCUAAGGUGUACGUACACUGGGGGCUUGCCAGGGGACAGCGGCAACGCGUGCGAGGAGACAUCCGUUUCUUCUCGGGCGUGUUCCGGUCGACUCGGCCCUGUGUUGCGGAAGCUCACGGGGGAGGAUCGCGCCUCUGUCUCCUCACACCUCGAAGGGACACCGCCAGGAGGCAGGCAGCAACCGAACGAGGAAUGGAACGAUGUCUCUAACCUCAGCUUCGUAUCUACGGCAUCUUCCUUUUUUCGCGCGGUUCCUGUCGGGAAACAAGGCAGAGAGACCCCGAGCGGCUCCACGGCCCGCGCCAACGCAACCGGCUCGCCACGUGAAGCCCACGGCGUCUUCGUCGCCUCCGGGACUCCGCAGAGACACCUCUCCGGCGCGGGGGGCGACAUCUGCGCUGCGUUGUCUCUGGGGACUGUGGGGCGCGGAAGCAGACGCCUCGCGGGCACGGAGACGCACUCGUGGCUUGCCGCUGUCAGGCGACAGCUCGGCUGGGCGGCGCGAGGGCGAGCGUGCGGAGGCGUGACAAGGGAUGCUGUGUCGCUCUCGCGGCGCUACGACCGAGACGAAGGAGAAGAGGCAGACCCGACGUACGUUCCUUCGUCGUCAGAAGAUGACGAGCGGUGGGAGUCUGUAGCGUGCAGCGGGGCCGGACACUCGGAAAACCCCAAAGAGGAUGACGCAGGAAGGGCUAAGCAUCAACCCGCUCCGCAGCUGGUGGGAGGCGCUGGGGCGUGCAGGCAACGCUCAGGCGCUUUCGGGACUGUCUCUUCAGACGGACCAGGAUGCGAGGAGGGUGCGGCCUCGCCGAAGGACGAACAAGACGCAGAGCGCAGCUCCAGAGAUGAGAGGACGAAGCGGCUUUUAGGGUGCAUGGCGCAAAGGCAAGGGGAAGCAAAAGGUGGAGACAUCGCGAAGAACGAGAAAAGAGGCGACUUGCGUCGAAACCCUGUCCGGGGUGCGCGACCUCGCCGGUUCUUGGGCUGCGUGGAAACCGAAGCGCCUGGAGAUUUUGCGGCGCCCUGGGUGGCGAGAGUCUCAGAGCCUGGGCAAGCCCGGGCGCGUGGUGCGGCGAGGGCCAGACACGGCCGCGAGGGGAGGCAGGGAAGCACCGAUCGAGGCGAGAGAACGCCAGAACGAAACCGACAGAAGGCGAAAGAGGUGACGAGCGCGAACGCGCGAGAGGCGGAAAGGGAUAGCGGGAAAGAAGCAGGGAAACCGAGCACAAGUGCUGGAGAGAAAGAAGCGCGAAACGAGGACCGAAGGAGGGAGACGGAAAGGAAGAGAGAGAGAGCGAGAGAAGGGAAAGGUGACAGAGAGGAGAGGAAGACUCCUCAGGGGAAAAAACGCGUGGCGAAGACAGAGAGAGGGGGUGACGAAGAAAAGCAGGAGCGACACAAGCGGGGAACAGCCGAGGGAAAUGGCGCGCGAGAAAGCUGUUAG